CGCAGAGCCGGCGGCCUGCGGCGCGCGAUCUUAGGCCGGAUCUCGCGAGAUCUCCUUCUCGCGUCUUCCUUCCAGCCGGCUUUUCUUGUGGGCCGCUUCCGGGAGGCUACGACCCGUUCCUGAGUAGCCGGUACCUGCUUUCCCCCUUAUCUCCCUGCUCCCAAUACCCUGAACCCCAUUUCUAGGCUGGUGGCCUGAGGAGGAAACCUCCCCGCACCCACAUUUUUUUACGGACCGCGCGCGCUGCGCCCAGGAGCCAAUCAGACGCCGCCUUAGGCCACCAUGUCUGAGUCUGGGCACAGUCAGCCAGGGCUCUGCGGCAUAGAGCGGCGGCGCCGGUGGAAGGAGCCAGGCCCUGGGGGCCCCCAGAAUCUCUCUGGACCUGGUGGUCGGGAACGGGACUACAUCGCGCCGUGGGAGAGAGAGAGGCGGGAUGGCAGUGAAGAGACCAACACGGCCGUCAUACAGAAGACCCCCAUCAUCCUCUCUAAGCCUCCAGCCGAGCGGUCGAAGCAGCCAGCACCUGCGGCCACCCCCGCUGCCCCACCGGCUCCAGCCCCGCUGGAGAAACCUAUCGUUCUUAUGAAGCCCCGGGAGGAAGGGAAGGGGCCUACAGCCUCGUCCACUGCCUCAACCCCCGAGGGCACCACACCGCCACCCCCUGCAACGCCGGCUCCCCCCAAGGGAGAGAAGGAAGGACAGAGGCCCACGCAGCCUGUGUACCAGAUCCAGAACCGGGGCAUGGGCACCGCGGCCCCAGCAGCCAUGGACCCUGUCGUGGGCCAGGCCAAACUGCUGCCUCCAGAGCGCAUGAAACACAGCAUCAAGCUGGUGGAUGAUCAGAUGAACUGGUGCGACAGUGCCAUCGAGUAUCUGCUGGACCAGACUGAUGUGUUGGUGGUUGGUGUCCUCGGCCUGCAAGGGACAGGCAAGUCAAUGGUGAUGUCACUGUUGUCAGCCAACACUCCUGAGGAGGACCAGAGGGCAUAUGUUUUCCGGGCACAGAGUGCCGAGAUGAAGGAAAGAGGGGGCAACCAGACCAGUGGCAUAGACUUUUUUAUUACCCAGGAGCGGAUCGUGUUUCUGGACACGCAGCCCAUCCUGAGCCCGUCCAUCUUGGACCAUCUCAUCAACAACGACCGCAAACUACCUCCUGAGUACAACCUCCCCCACACCUACGUGGAGAUGCAGUCCCUCCAGAUCGCCGCCUUCCUCUUCACUGUCUGCCAUGUGGUGAUUGUUGUCCAGGACUGGUUUACUGACCUGAGUCUGUACAGGUUCCUGCAGACAGCUGAGAUGGUAAAGCCGUCCACGCCGUCCCCCAGCCAUGAGUCGAGCAGUUCGUCAGGCUCCGAGGAGGGCACCGAGUACUACCCUCACCUGGUCUUCCUGCAGAACAAGGCGCGCCGAGAGGACUUCUGUCCCCGCAAGCUGCGGCAGAUGCACCUCAUGAUCGACCAGCUCAUGGCCCACUCGCACCUGCGCUACAAGGGGACCCUGUCCAUGCUGCAGUGCGACAUCUUUCCUGGGCUGCCAGCCGACUUCCUGGACUCAGAAGUCAACCUGUUCCUAGUGCCCUUCAUGGACAGCGAGGCAGAGAGCGAGACCCCACCGAGGGCAGGUCCUGGCUCCAGCCCGCUCUUCUCCCUGCUCCCUGGGUACAGGGGCCACCCCAGCUUCCAGUCGUUGGUGAGCAAACUCCGGAGCCAGGUGAUGUCCAUGGCCCGACCGCAGCUCUCACACACCAUCCUCACCGAGAAGAACUGGUUCCACUACGCCGCCCGGAUCUGGGACGGGGUGAAAAAGUCCUCAGCCCUGGCCGAGUACAGUCGCCUGCUAGCCUGAGCCCAGGGCGCUGUCGUGCAAGGCAUUGGGGUUCCCAGUGGUCGGCAGGAGAAUGGCCCGGCCCAAUGGAUGAGGACCUGGGCUGUGCUGGUCACUGGGUCCCAGCCCUCUCUCGAUGGAGUGUUGUUCAGGGGUGACACUGAAAUCUCAGACUUGGGAGCAGCCCCUCAGGGUUCCCCAGCUAGGCCAGUUUGGAGGAGCCUGGAUGGUCCCCAGUGUGACCUCCCCAUUGGGGUCCAGGGUUGGGGAUCAUCAACUAUGUCCGAAUCACAGACUUGCACCGGCCUGCCGGUCCCUCCCCGAACUGCGUCUCUCUCAGUACUCCUGGGCCCUCAGAUGGUCUCUCUGAGGAGGCGGCCUUGGGUUGUUUUUCCAGGGAGACCUCAGGGCUCUGAUCUGAUCUGGAGGUAUAGGGUGAAUGCAGUGACUUGUCUCUUUUCCCUAUGAAUGCUGGUGCCCUCAGGGAGGCACCCGCCAAGACUAUGGGUUCACCAGGCAGCUCUGUGCUGCUGAGGCCCGUGAAGCCCAGAGCGGGGUCCCUGGCAUUUCCCCAUGUACUUCAGUGCGACGUGAGAUCCCUGUGUUCCUUAGCCAGAUGUGUCCCCACUGCCCUACAGCAAAAAGUGGCCAGUGUGUGCAGCCCUUGUCACCACAGGAGUCAAGAAAUGACUGAGUUAAAUGUCCUGGGGUGUCACAGAAUCAGGCUCAACCCAGCUCGUGUCUUACUAUCCCGAGACGGUGCCUGCUGUGGGUUCAGUACUGUCUUCCCGGCUCCUGGGUACUGCUGAGCACUACAGG